AUGAAUAGUUUAUUUAAAAGAAUUAAUACCAUUCAAAUUAAUACUUAUCAAAUUUCAAAUACAUUUUUUAGAAAUUAUGCAAAAUCAACACCACUUCAGAAAUUGGUUGAUGACCAAGAAAAAAACUUUUUAUUAGCUAAUAAAAAUAUUAUUUCUGUUUCUUUAUUUAAAGAUUUUCAUCAAGCUUUAUUUGAUAGUGUUGACCAAGAAUUAUUAGUGGGAUCUAAAAAAUUACCAAUAUCUAGAUAUUUGAUUAAAACAUCAUUUGAAACUAGAGAAAAAGCAGCAGAAUUUUUUAAACAGGCAAAAAAAUUUGUAAAAAAACAUAUAGAAGAAACUGAUGAAAAAAAAAAAUUACAAAGAGAAAAAGAUAAAGAAAAUGAAAAUGAAAAUGAAAAUGAAAAUGAAAAUGAAAAUGAAAAUGAAAAUGAAAAAGAAAAUGAAAAUGAAAAUGAAAUUGAAAAUGGAAAUGAGAAAAUAAUAGGGGAAAGAAAAAAAAGAUAUAAAAAUUUAUUAAAUCCAUCUGAACUCAAACCUUCAGUUCAUGCAUUAUUAAAAUCACUUGAUCCAAUUUAUAAGGUUACUCCAGAGGAUUUAAAAUCUUUACCAAUUUCAAAUAUUGAUACUAGUAAUGCUGUUAUAAUUGAAAAAGCAUCAGAAAUUGAAAAUGGUGUUAAACUUUUAUUAAAUGGUAAAUCUGUCGAUCAAAUAACUUUGGAUGAUGGUAUUGUUUUAGGUUUUGAUCUUGAAUGGUCAGCUUUAGAAAGAUAUACAACUAAAACUAAAAAAGAAACAAAAACUGCCCUCAUUACAUUAACAAAUGGAUGUGAAACUGUUUUAUUUAGAGUGUGUCAUACAGGUUUAGAUGAAAAUAGUGAAUUAGGAAAAUUAUUAAAGAGUGGAGUUAUUACAAAGACAGGUUUUGGUGCUGGUAAAGAUGCAAAUAAAAUUUGUAAAGAUUUUGGUUUUGAAGUAGAUGGAAUUUUUGAUUUAAAAUAUACACCAAAGAUUCUUGCAUUAUUCAAAAAUAGAGCUGUUGAAUAUGUUACAGCUGGUUUAUUUGGAGUAAAUAUUAAAAGAAAUUCAACUUUAAUUUUAUCAGCUUGGGGAACUUCACACCAAUUAAAACCAAGACAAAUUCAUUCAUCUGCAUUAUAUACUAUUUACAGUCUAAAAACUUAUUUCAUGUUACCAUCUUUAAAAGUUGAUACAACUUUUAUCGAAAAAGAUACAUUCAUUCCAUUUGCAAAACUUUAUUAA